AUGCACAAUAUUCUCGUUUUCGGUUCUGGAGGUGUUGGAUCUAUUGCCGCUUACGCUUUAGAUUUAGCGGAAGACACCAGCGUAACGACAAUCAUCAGAUCCGACUACGAUCAAGUGACUAAAAACGGAUACAAAAUUACUUCUGUUGAUUAUGGAACAAUUGAAGCUUACAAACCUUCUAAUGUUGUGAAAUCUAUCGACGAGGCAAAAGCUCAUGGUCCAUUUGACUACGUCGUGAUAUCCACGAAAAACACACCUGACAUUACCAAGACAGAGGAGCUUGUUGAACCUACUAUCAGCGAGGGAAAAACUGUCAUCUUGCUUAUGCAAAAUGGAAUUGGCAUUGAGGAGCUGUUUCUCACAAAAUAUCCCAACAAUAUAGUCUUGAGCGGUGUUUCUAUGAUUUCAUCCACCAAUUACGAUGGUGUCAUUGAUCAUGUUGGCCACGAUUUCUUGAAAGUGGGAUAUUUUGAGAACCCGAAUAUCCCAAUAGAAAAACAGAAACAGGCUGCACUUCAAUUUGUUCUGUUGUACCAUAAUGGCAAGAACGAAUGCGUCUACGACGAAGAUGUUAAGUACACUAGAUGGAGAAAGUUAGUUUACAAUGCCACUCUCAAUUCAAUUUGUACAUUGACAAAUGUUGAUGUGGGUCGGUUGCAACUUUUCGGUGGUGUGGAUUCUUUGGUCAGAAGCGCAAUGAAGGAAGUCUUGGCCAUUGCCAAAUCCGACGGAGUUGAAUUAGAUGAAAGUAUCAUUGAUUUCAUGAUCCACUCAGACGACGGCGUGUACUAUGCGCCCUCAAUGUUGGUGGAUUUAAGAAAGGGUAAUUACAUUGAAUUAGAAGUCAUUUCUGGUAACCCGGUGAAGAUCGCUCAGAAAAACGGCGUGGAGGCUCCAACAUUGACACUUAUUUAUAACUUAUUGAAGGUGAUCCAGAUGAGAACAAAAGAGGCGAAGGGCGCAAUAUCAGUGCCAGAAAUUAGACCCGUUCCGGAUGGAAAGUUGUAA